AUGCCGCCUCGCGCAAAAGGCCAAAUCUUACGAGCCCAAACCGCUCUCGCCAUACCCGACACUCUCGAGGCGAACCAGAUAAUCGCCCGCGUCGAUAGAGCCUUACCCCGCGGCCAGUACAACUGCCUACUGCCCAACAAGUCCAUCGUAGUAGUCGAUCUUGACGAACGCUUCCGCCAGACGAUAUGGGUCCAGCGCAAUAACUACGUUCUGCUCGAGCGGUAUCCGCCCAAGGAGGUCGAGGGCGAAGCCGUCGCCAAGAUAAUCAACAUCGUCGUGGAUGAGAAGCAGUGGAGGAAGAUGCCGUACUGGCCGGCAGAGUUUCCCAAGUUUCGAGACCCAGAGUCCGACGAAGACGAGUCGAACGUUGGCAAGAUGCCCCCUAGCGAUUCAGAAGACGACGCGUGA